AUGUCAGACACACAUGCAGCCGUUGGGCUUCCUGCAACAGAAGCAUACGUGCGCCUCCACCUCCUGAAUGGAGGCAGCAUGACCGCCGAAUACCACAAGCUGCACGCGGGCGAUGCCGCAGAGGAAUUCCGAUUAUACAACUGGGCCUUCUUCGUCCAGCAUACUGCGCAAGGACGGAAUGUUAUUUGGGAUGUGGGGAUGUCGUCCAACUCGGACGACUUUCCCCCUGUUAUUGGCCAUGGAGUGAUCAAGGAAGCAAAGGUCCUUGAUCCGGCGGAGUCGCUCACAGCGCAAAUUCAGCGGCGAAGCGGGAUCAUGGCGGAUCAAAUCGAUACGGUCUUGCUCAGCCACGCCCACUUUGACCACUGCCGUCCAAUAAGCCGGCUUUUUCCGAACGCAAUCGCCUAUUUCGGUCCCGGUACAUUCGACUUUUGUAGCCCGGGCCACUUCGCCGAUCCGGCCUCACCCUGGGACGGACGGUUCUUCGACCCGGCACGCGCAACAGAACGCUGCGAAACAUUGAUCGGGCCAUGGACGCCCUUUGGACCGUUUGAGCACGCGAUUGAUUUUUUCGGCGACGGGAGUUUCUGGGUUAUACAGGCCCCGGGCCAUAUGCCGGGCAAUUUGUGUGCCUGUGCUAGGAUCGAGAGUGGCGAGUGGGUUCUCUUGGGGAGCGACUGUUGUCAUUCGAGGGGUCUGCUUGAAGGCGCCAAAGAGAUCGCGACGUUCCCCCUGCCGGAUGGGGGUACGGGAUGCCUGCAUACUGACGUGGCUGCGGCCAAGGACACCCUGGCCCGGCUUCGAGUCUUGCAAAGUCAGUUGGGUGUACAUAUCGCGCUAGCGAAUGAUGCGAGCUGGAUGGAGAAAGAGGAUGACGAGGUCCUGAUGUCGUUGCUGGAUGAGAAAUUCCAAGAGGAUAUGCGCCGUGCUCUUCCGUUGCAGGAGCCGGUUUGA